CAGAAAAUCACCUCAAUUUAGCAAAAACUUGCCGGAGACGACGACGACGACGUUAACGUAACCCAUCGGCUCAGCAUCUGAGAAUUCUCUCUCCGCAUCCAUGGCAGAAAUGGGGCGGCCACUCCCUAAGUUUGGCGAAUGGGAUGUGAAUGAUCCUGCAUCAGCCGAGGGAUUUACCGUUAUCUUCAACAAAGCUAGAAAUGAGAAAAAGGGAGGCGGCAAUUCUGAUUCACACGUGAAGGACGAGCCUACUUACAAACAUGGCCAUGGGGAAGUUCUCGGGAAGCCUCAAUCUAAAAAAUGGUUUUGCUGUGUACGAGCGGAAUAACCGGGAGUGUUCUUGCCUCGGAAGGCCUUCGUCGUAUAUUUAAACCGAGCCCUAAAAUCGUAUGGAAGAGACUGGAGCUCAUCUCAGAAGCCAUGACAGGACAGGUGCUUUUUGGUGUCUGGUUAGAUCCUGUUCGAGUGAUGCCACUCUGAUGUGGGAUUUUAUGUAUGCAGAGAAACAUGUUUUUUCUUUAUACGUGAUGGGUUGUCGUUUCCGUUUGUAAACUCUUGCAAGAAAAUUGCUGUUUUAUUUGCUGAUAAUGUCAAGACACUCUUUUGAAGCUACAAGAAUGGAGAUGACCGCCAUGGGUUGUUUC